AAAGCAAAAAAAUCACUCAGCAUCUUGAGAGUCGGAGACAUUGUGAGAGGAUUGUACGACUCUUUGCCGAAAGUGGAUUGAACAAUGAUGAUUCCAGUGGCCUUACCCAACUAAGUGAGGUAUUGCCUUUGGAAAACGGUGAUCACAGCGAUGUUUCAGCGGCAUGCGCGUCUGCCUCUCUCCAAAUCUUCCAGAGAGGAUUUAAGGACCGCUCAUCUUGAAUAAGUCGAGAAGUCAUUGAAGAUGAGUGCUCUGCAAACGUUCCUGCUUCUUUUUCUCCUGCACCAGGUCACAUGCAGGAAGGUGCACGGAGGAGUCACAGAGCUCAUCGAGUGGGGUGACAGUAAUAAUGAACAGAAGAUCUCUCCCACGGGAGCCAGUCCACGGAUCCUCAACCCUCUGCGUUUGUUUGCCAGGGGCUCCCCCGGGUUCAAGAGCAACAUGAGGGAAAUAACAUAUUUACAGAACAUGGAGGACUUUUGGGACUGGUUAUCUAACCAGACAGAUGUUCAGGGUCCACAGGCCAGAACUAAACGCAGGCCCAUCGUUAAGACUGGCAAGUUCAAAAAGAUGUUCGGGUGGGGGGACUUCCACUCCAACAUCAAGACUGUCAAACUCAACCUGCUGAUCACAGGGAAGAUCGUGGACCACGGGAAUGGCACUUUUAGCGUUUACUUCCGCCACAACUCCACGGGCCAGGGGAACGUGUCAGUCAGCCUGGUGCCGCCCUCCAAGGUGGUGGAGUUUGAGAUUGCCCAGCAGUCCACGCUAGAGACCAAAGACACCAAAUCAUUCAACUGUCGUAUUGAGUAUGAGAAGACAGACCGCAACAAGAAGACUGCCCUGUGCAGCUUUGACCCGUCCAAGGUGUGCUAUCAUGAGCAAACGCAGAGCCAUGUGUCCUGGCUGUGCUCGAAACCCUUCAAAGUCAUAUGCAUCUAUAUAGCCUUUUACAGUGUAGACUAUAAACUGGUGCAGAAGGUAUGCCCUGACUACAACUACCAUAGUGACACACCUUACUCCUCCACAGGAUGACCUAGCAGUCGUUAGUACGCAUCAAACUUUUGUUUUAUGUUCAAAUAAUGUAAAUGUCAGCUUCUAAGCUCCUUGUCCCAAAAUACCUAAAUACCUGAGACAUGUUGCAUGAGGUGCAACUUAAAAAUGGGACAUACACCGGAGGAAUUUGGCACAUUAUUACAAAACUUCUGUAUAUACUGCACACAAACGCAGCUCCACCACUUCAGAUAGUUAGGUGUCCAGGGACCUGGUUUUAGGGGUUGACUUGGGAUUCAGAGCUAGCUGCCAACCCCAAAUGACUCCUUCCCAUCACAACUGCACAUGUUCUCUGCAAACCACAGAAAUAAUUAGUAUGUUGUCCAGAUGUUUUCUUCAAGGCUAGACCAUAGGCAAGCAGCCUCUCAGUUGGAAGUGUGUAGCCGGCUUCCGUGCCAGUGCAGCAUUGCUGGUGGCAUUAUCAAACAAUUUCCUCACCUCAUUUAAACAGUCAUUUAUGGGAUGAAAUAUGGCAAGACUGAAUCAUGUUAAUAAUUACAAUACCAAGGCAUUUGAAUUGUUACUCAACAGGGCAUAAAAUUAGAUAUUCCCCAUUUGAAAUGUCACUACAUUUUGACCAGUUAGUCAAAAUGAUCUGUUCAUUGUCUUCAAAGUGGAGCUAACAUCCAUUUGUACCUGUUAACAAAACAGAGGCAGGACAGUCUCCAUUAUUUCAGAUUAGUGUGAUUAAUGGGUAUUUUCUCAAGUAGCUCUAAAUAAUUAAUAUGGCCUUACAACCUAUCUUUUAUCGCUGUUAUCUGUCUCUUGUAGAGACUGAAAUAAAGUGAAUUGAUUCAUUGAACCAAAUUGUAAGUGCCCAAGACAAAAUAAAUUGAUCCAACAAAUCUAAUCCAAAAGCAACCUGAGAGCAUGAUCGUAAAUCAUUACACAUGCAGGCACCCAUCCAUACAUAACCUGGCUGCUGCCUUGUUUGCUCCUUAAAAUGUGUCGCUUUUCUGAUACAAUCAUCAUAAAGCAUAUGUAUGCUAAACUAGGCUGAAAUCCAACAUCUGUGUUUGCAGGAUGCACUUUGAGGCAUCAGCCUGCCGUGCAAGCCCCGCAGUGGAUUAAUGUGUCAGGAGAGGUGGGGGUGGGGGGCGAUAAUUGCAGGACAGGUGGAUUUAGUGAGUCUGGCAGACAAUUAUCAGCACUUUGUCAUGGUCCUGCCACAAGCCCUGACAUUACUUGUCUUUAAUAGGCUUUAAUUAGCCUGGGAAAUUUCAUUUACCUAAGACCAAGAGUGGAGAAACCAAAAGCAAAAGUUAAAAAAAAAAAAAAAAAAAAAAAGCAAAAGUACAGAAUCCAUCUGGAAUUUUAAUGAGAAGUGGGACUACUAAGUUUGAAAAUGUCAGACAUUUCCCAGUUGUACAGCAGGCUUAAACUGAACAAGUUUUGUGUAAAAGUGGAUAACAUCCAGUCUCAUAGUAAAUGGCGUAAUGUGCUUUGACUUAACAAUCACAGAAAACGUUUUUUAAAACGUUUUUUUUGGGAUGUAUCUGGUGGUUUUAUGCUAGGGCAUGUGCCACUGACUAAUCACAUGGCAAUUAUUUCUGUCAAGUUACUUUAUUUGCUGUAUCUCAUGUCUUUCCCCAUCUGCUGUAAAUGAUCCUGUCACAUUACACAUGCGGAGAGGUGUAUGAUAAGGAAAUACCUAAAUCCGAGUUGAUCUAUGUUGAUGUUUUAGUUCUACUCCUUUGUGAAAAUGCUGUGUAUUAUCGUGUAUCUCUAAAACUAAACGUGUUUAA